CGCCCACGAUCACUGUCGACCGCCGGCCUCACGUCGUUCAUUUUCGCAUCGGCGGGACGGUCGCUCGAAUUUGAAACGUUCUUCCAGUACGACGAUCAAUUUGGAAAAUUCUCGCGACGCGUUUCUGCAAACGCUCUCUCUGUGUUGUUGUCGCGAUCAACGAGUUGCCUCUGGCCCGUUCUACACCAGCGCUGUGGUUCGUAGGAAUGUAACAGCGAGUACCGGCGGAGCUGGUGGUGCUUGAGACUUCCUGAAGACAGUCACCCGACUGGAGCGUUAUUAAACGGGAAUACGACGAUCAAGGUUUCGCAACUGGGCAUGCUACUGGCAAACGUGGAGAGGGCUUGUCUUUUACUAACGGCGAUCCACGUUUUACUCGAUAAGGGCGCCGUCACGGAGACCUUCACACUUGGGUACAUCACCGGCUCGAAAAGACGUCCAGGCGACUUGGAGUAUCAGCGUCCUGGUUACCGGAUAUCCGGCGCUAUAUCUCUCGCCGUGGAGGAGGUCAACGCGGGUGAACUCGGUCGCCGCGGACACAAGCUCGAUUUUCUCGUCGCGGAAACCUAUGGAGAGGAGGAGACCAGCAUUCUGAUGACCGCCGACCUGUGGACGAAGAAUAUCAGCGGUUACAUCGGCCCCCAGGAAACGUGCAUCCACGAGGGAAGAAUGGCGGCGGCGUUCAACCUCCCAAUGAUAUCUUACUUCUGCACGCAUCGCGAGUCCUCCGACAAGAAGGAGUUCCCAACGUUCGCGAGAACCAGACCGCCGGAUACGCAGAUCUCGAAGUCGGUCGUUUCCGUGCUGAUGGCCUUCAACUGGACCAAAGUGACGUUCCUGUACAUGAACGCGACAUCGUUCGAGUUCAACAAGAUGUCGACGAUCGCGAAAACUAUCCUAUCGUCGUUCGAGACGGCAGGCGUGACCGUCAACUACCUUCGUUGCUGGCAAGAGCCUUAUCACGUCACCCACAUGACCAAUCCUUUCCACGAGCUCGUCAGAGAGACGUACCUGGAGACCAGGAUUUACGUGAUUCUAGGGAAUUAUUAUGAGCACAUGGGUCUCUUGAUGGCUCUGGACGAAAGGAAGCUGUUGGAAAAAGGGGACUACUGGGUGGUCGGCGUCGAUAUCGAGCAGUACGACGAAAAACGACCGGACAAAUAUUUUCGGGGUUUAUGGCAGAGGAAGACGAACUCGUCCAUCCUGAAGGCGUAUCGCAGCUACUUUAGCGUGGUCGCGUCCGCGCAGAUAUACUCGAGGAACUUCACGCGACUGGUGAACGAGUACAGACAGAAGCCACCCUUCAACUUCACUAAUCCGCUCGCGAACAUCGGUGGAAUCGUUCAGAUCGUGCCAGAGACGGCGUAUCUUUACGACGCGGUGCACCUGUACGAAAGAGCGUUGCUCAAAGCUCUGGACGAGGGUCGAAAUCCGCGAAACGGCAGAGAGAUGGUGGCGACUCUUUACGGGGUUCACUAUCGCAGCGCCAUGGGGUACAUGGUUUACAUGGACGAAAACGGGGAUGCGGAAGGUAAUUACACUCUGAUCGCGUUGGACAAUCGACCGCUGAAGGGACACGGUUUAUAUCCAAUAGCGUACUUCGUGGGGAAAGAGAACGGCACGAAUCUGCCAAAACUCCGAUUGACGAGAGAAAUUUCUUGGAUCGGAGACGGACCGCCGAUCGCCGAGCCUCAUUGCGGAUACCACGGCGAAAAAUGCAACUCUCACACGGGAGAGAUCGUCGGCGGAAUAGCGGGCGGAUUUCUGCUGAUCAUCGCGGCGGUGUUCCUGGUGCUCUACAGAAACUGGAGGUACGAGCAGGAACUGGACUCCCUGCUCUGGAAGGUGAACUACAAAGACAUUCAGAUCAAAGAGCAGAAGGACGAGCUGGUGGGAGUCAACGAGGCGCCUACCAAAUGCAAUUCCAAGGCAACGACGCAACCCAUCGUGCGGACCAGCCAAGUCUCCCUGAGCUCGAACCCCGACGCCGACUUUCGAUAUUCCAUGAUUUACACGCAAAUAGGCGUCUAUAAGGGGCGGAUAUUCGCCGUGAAGAAGGUCCGGAAGAAAUCGAUCGAGAUCACGCGCGAAAUGAAGAAAGAGCUGAAAGUGAUGCGUGACUUACGACACGACAAUUUGAACGCGUUCAUCGGCGCGUGUACAGAUCCGCCGAACAUAUGCAUCGUCGUCGAGUACUGUGCGCGCGGCAGUCUCAAGGACAUCUUGGAAAACGAGGACAUGAAGCUGGAUAACAUGUUCAUGGCGUCCCUGGUCGGCGACAUCAUCAGAGGUAUGAUCUAUCUCCACGAGUCCGUCAUAAAAUAUCACGGCUCGCUGAGUACAUCGAACUGUCUGGUGGACUCCCGUUGGGUCGUAAAACUGGCGGAUUUUGGAUUGCACGAGUUCAAAAAGGACGCAGAAUGCGAGCCAUGCGACGUCAUGAAGAGAUAUCACGGUUUAUUGUAUCGUGCUCCCGAGCUGUUACGAUCAACGGGAACCUUAGAGCCAACUGCUCGAGAUUACCAAAGAGGAGACGUUUAUUCUUUCGGUAUCGUCCUGUACGAGCUCCAAGGACGACACGGCCCAUUUGGGAUCACGGAAUUGUCCGACUCGCAGAUACUGAAGAAAGUAAUCGCGAGAGAGCCAGAGGUGAAGCCGUUCAGACCGCCGUUGGAUCAGCUGGAGAACUGUUUCCAUUUCGUGCACGACUGCCUGAGAGAGUGCUGGGCCGAGGACCCCGAGAUCCGUCCGGAUUUUAAGAUUAUAAGGAACAAACUCAGGCCGUUGAGGAAGGGCAUGAAGCCAAACAUAUUCGACAAUAUGAUGGCCAUGAUGGAGAAGUAUGCCAAUAAUCUGGAAGCCCUGGUGGACGAACGAACAGACCAAUUGACAGAGGAGAAGAAGAAAACAGACGCUUUACUAUACGAAAUGCUGCCUCGUUACGUCGCCGAGCAAUUAAAACGUGGCCACAAAGUGGAGGCCGAAAGCUUCGACUGCGUUACCAUUUAUUUCAGCGACAUCGUUGGAUUCACCACCAUGUCUGCCGAAAGCACACCACUGCAGGUGGUAGACUUCCUGAACGACCUGUACACCUGCUUCGACUCGACGAUAGAGAAUUACGACGUAUACAAAGUAGAAACAAUCGGCGACGCUUAUAUGGUGGUAAGCGGGCUGCCGAUACGGAACGGCAUUCAGCACGCGGGAGAAAUUGCCAGCAUGUCCUUGUGUCUCCUAGACGCCGUUAAGCAAUUCACCAUUCGGCAUAGGCCCCUCGACAAGCUGCAGCUGCGAAUUGGUAUACAUUCCGGUCCCGUGUGUGCCGGCGUCGUGGGCCUGAAAAUGCCUCGUUACUGUCUGUUCGGCGACACGGUGAACACCGCCAGUCGAAUGGAAUCCACAGGAUCGCCGCUAAAAAUCCACUGCAGCGCCGAGACGAAGGAGCUGCUGGACCAGCUGAACGGAUUCAGUGUGGUGGAAAGAGGGCUGGUCUCCAUGAAAGGAAAAGGCGAACGUCUGACCUACUGGUUGAUCGGCGAGGAUCCGAUUUUGAGGGAGGAAAGGAACACGCAACGGGAGAACCGACGCAACGGUUGCUCUAAAAGGAAGAGCACCACGAACAACCCUCUGAUACCGCGAAGUUCCCUGAAGAACAAAUCCCUGGUGAGGUCCACCUUCAUGAGGUGCUCUAGCGAGUCGCCGAAGCGACUUCGUUUCGCCAGCUCCGAUCAGCUGGACCAGAAUUGCUCGAGAACCAACAGCCAAUUGGAGGCCAUAGCCGACACCAGCCCGUGCAAACCUAAGCUGUCUUGCGCGACGAGGUCCUCGUGCACGGACAGCUGGAAGUCCUCCAGCAACUCGUGUCCCUGCGUUGAGAAGCUGUGCGAUCAGGAGACGCGAAUCGACGCGAAAGACUUGGCGCUACAGAGACUGCGAUCCGAGGCGAAGAACGCGCGCAACAACUGGACGAUCGGAAACGAGUGCUACUUCCCGCUAGCUGCUUCCAAGAACUUCCGCCUCGGAUCGGCUGGGUUCGCUCAGACGACAUGCAGGUCUGCUCCGAGCAGCCCCAGGCACAGCACUCUUCUCUUAAACUGCCAGAAAAGGACGGCGCAGUCCAACGAGGAGUUCGACGGAUGGGACGCCACCGCGCCGUUGAUUUAUUAUCCAGGAGGACGAUUGGAUUAGGAUUAUUUCCUGAUUAUCCGUCAGAAACGAGAUCUCUAUCUCGAUUCCAGACGAUAGCUUCCCGGCCGACUACGAAUUUAUUCGAUCGAAGCCCUUCGCGUGGGAAACUGAUGCAGUGCGGUCAGAGGAACGAGCAAUUGGUACUUAGCGCAAACGAUUACGGUAGUUUCCGCGAUAAACGGAAGUGGGACGAAUCUGCGAACGCUUUGUUGACAAUACGAUGCUUCUUUACCGACCGACGAUCUUGUAAGAGAACCGCUCGGAAGGGUAGAAUGUCUCGAUACGAAUGUUAUUAGAUGCAACGUUCCCUAUUGUUAUUCGACGACUCCAAACAAAGUAGGUCAAGUUUCUAUACGGCACGAUCGAAAUAAUGCCGUGCGUUUUAUUUCUACGAUCCAAUCGACUCGACAAUCACGUUUCGUUACGGCAUCCGAUCUACGUCCCACCGAACAAUUACACAACAGCAGUUGGUCAAUUAACGAACGAAUAACUAAUAGGUGGCCGGCGUCGUGUAUCCAUCGAUAUGAUUUCUCCCUCACCCGCAGUACACGAUGUACCAAAGCAGACCGUACGUACAAAACGUAGAUACCUAACACAUGUAUUUAUACAUUAUUUAUAGCAUAUGUAACUCGUACGCGGCAAUCAGCGCGCUGUAACGGUAGAUUCCACGCAUUAGCUUAGACAAUCAAGAAGGCUCGUGCUUUUUAUUCUACGUAAGUGUCUCUAGUCAAUUUAUCUUUAAUUUAACGCGCCGUUUCGGGGCUGUCCGCGAUCAAACCCGAUAGAAACACGGGAGAAACCUUGGUCGUCCAUCAAACGUCCUACGGGUCUAGUAUUAACAGCAUUAUCUAGUGCCGGCACGCAGCACUUAAGCCGAUUAUUUAUAGAGUAAUAUAUGAACACUAACGAUUGGAAGCUUGGUAUGUACUUACAAAAUUUUUCUCUCGACGAUACGUGUAUCUCACCUACUUAAACGAUCUAUCUAUCGUGCAUCGACGAUGUGUAAAUUUACUAUCCAACUUGAAAUAAAGGAUGUCAUUAAUCUACCACGGUGGUUUCAUUCGACGAACAACAGAACGAUGGAAAUAUUUUGCCAAACACGGAUGACGUAAUAGGAGCGAUGGGUAUCUUGGAAAUCCCCGAAAACAAUUUCGAGUGAACUUGUACGUCAUCUAUGUGUACACGUCGAUAAACAGAAAUUGUGGAAUUCAUAAUCGACGUGUAUUUACAUCGUUGACGUAGGAAGAUCGGUCAAGAUUGUUUUCGGCGAAACGUCUAUGAAAACUGUUGAAUUUCAGCUAAACCACCAGCGAAAACGGAUAAUUUGCGAGAUAAUUUCUCGAGUAUUGACGGAUCUCGUUCACGCACGAAAGUGCAAUGGCACCGAGCCACGCUCCUAGCACACACGAGCGCGAUGCGUGAUGGAACGGCGGCGAUAACGCACCGAGACCCAUUAAAUUCUCGGCAUUCAAGAAAUUAAUUGAACACGAGCAGGGAAAGACGGCGAUUGCACGCAUCGCGCCUUUGCGUCUAUUCUUCGUUUUAUCAGCCACGCACGCUUGAUCGCCGCUGUAGCGCGAUUCUCGUGAGAAAUUGGAAAAAAUCGAUCAAAGUCGACCGUCUGAACUGUACGGAAAUAACCCGGGGACGCACGAUGAAAAAUUCACCGUACGAGCGUAGAAAGUCGAGUCUGUAAGUUUUCAUCGAACGAAAGCUCGGCGAUCCGACCGACGGUACCGAUUGCAGCGACGAAAGUCCAGUUGCAGCGUUCCAGGGACGUCCCAGGCGUACGCGAUACGCGCAACGCCGCUGUUUUCGAACGGAACAAGAUCAAAGUUUCAAGUUCGCUUCGAUUUACAUCCCGAAUUGGCGUUAGAAAGUUCCGUCGAGCGGCGUUGGAACAGGGAGCGUGGCUAUUUGCAUCGUCCAUCGGCAUUCCUUUCCUUUUCGAAUACUCCGGUACUGUUACGUUUAUUUAUAAUUGGCAGCGGUAGUGUUCUGGAGUCACGAUCGCGAAAACCAUAACUAAAACCGUUAGUGGCUCGGGCAGAUAACUAAACUCUUCGUUACUUUAAUUUGCACGUCUUGUUACGUGCGUCUCCGUGGCACGUGAUCGCGGUGCGCGCGGUACGCUCCGCGCUCGAGUGCGAAAGAGUCGUGCAAAUACGAGAACGACUUCUGAAUUUAUUGCGCAAUUUACUAUUCGGAGUCCUUUGCAAACUCGGCAGAACAAACGGAUAUUUAAGCCGCGGAGAAAACGCUCGGCGUCGAACGUGAAAAUUGUACAACGCGAAACCUCUUUGGAAGCAUAAUAUUGGGUCUGGGUUAGGAGCGACAUGUAAAACGCUCGCAAAUUGUCACGAGAUAUUAACAUGGGUGUCGAUGAUAAUAUCAGUCUACCAGAUAUCGAAAACUGAAAAUAUCGUUAUAACUGCGGAUGUUGAAGUUCAUGUUUUUAUAUACCCAGAUGAAAACAGAAACGUAAAUUGGAAUACGGUUUGUCUUCCAACUGUUGCGAGGCGUUUUUCAUUUUGUAUAGUUUAUAUAUUUGC